AUGCUGAUGGGAACCUCAGAAGAUGGCCUAUGUUUGUAUGAUUUCUACACAAAUAGCUAUUCUAAAAUUGCAGUAUUUGAUAAUAUAAAGCGGCAUUUUCUCAUCUCAGGAAAAACAAAUGCUUAUAUUAUGGCAUCUCAAAGUGAUAUUUAUGAAAGCGGGUUCAAGAACCCUCAUAUUUGGAGUAGGAUCGCUAUCUCAGUUUGAAAUCAAAAUAGCAAUUUUUUCGUGGACAUAUCACAAUAA